AUGAGUCUCAACACCAACCAGCUUGAUCCACGCCAGCGCCCUCCGAAGGCUGUGGCCACGGCCAUCGGCGCCGGAGUAGAGGGCGAACACCGUGGGCCUCGGGUGAGCCACAGGCAAAGCGCCAAGGGGGGCCCGGCCAACAUCAUCGCCAAGGUCUCUGGCUGUGUUCUUGGCGGGAAGCGGGAGGAUGACGGGCUCUACUUCACCAAUAACAACAGCCUUAUGCAGUUCCAAAAGCCGAGCAAUAUAGUGCCAGUUCCUUUCAUAUUUGACGAGAUGUAA